AACAUGGAUGCGCCCAUGAAAACUAAUACAACGUAAAAUGUCAACUCUUAUUUCUCAGCAAACUCUUAAAUUGCUAGCCUUUUCUAGAAUUCUGUGGCAGAGGAAUUAUAUGAAGUCAUGUGCAUGUUUCCAACAAGCUGUCAAGAUUGAAGGCGCUUUGGCCAAGAUGCUGAAGAAGUCACAAAAAAGGAGUAAAAAUUCAACAGGAUGGAACGCUUCACCCAAGCAGAUAAUUCUAGACUUAGAAACUACAAGAACCCGACCAGGCAGUAAAUACAGGGCCCCUAGUGAUAAAGUACAGAGACGAGCCCAUGAUGUCAGUAUUGUAUUGUAUAACUAUGUAAGGGAGAUAAUUAACAGUGGAGAACUCGACCAAAAAAUUGCUGAUUCAAUGGUAGAAAUAACACAGGUUAAAAUGCUGCCUGAUUUCUCUGCCAUUCAUGUGCUAUGGUUACCUUUUGGUAAUGAGGAAGAUAUAGAAUUAGAUACUCUUCUUCAAAGAAAGGAAAGUAAAUUGAGAUCAAUUUUAACAUCUUACAGACCCAUUGCUAAUAUACCACCAGUUGUGUUUCUGAAAGAUGAUGCUCGAACACAGGAAAUUAAAAUGAACAAAAUGUUUGACGAAGCAGAUUUUGGUCUCCAUUCUGAACUGCCUGAGCCAGAAAUCACUGAUACAGAAUCUAAAAACUAUAUAGAAAGUCAUGAUCAUAGAACAGACGAACUACAAGAAAUUAGAGAAAGAUUUGAUGUAGGGGAUACCCCAGUUGUACAUAUGGAAUCUAAUAAUACACAGGAAAUCAAAGCUGAGAUGGCAAAAUGUCAAAAUGAGACUCAAUCUAAUUAUAGAACUGAGUUUGUUGACGGCAUACAUAAUCAGUACAGAGAUGAUUUAUAUGGCUUAAACCAUGCACUUUUGAUGAAAAAAAUAGAAGUUUCAAAACACAAAUUGAAAAAUAGACAACCAUCAAAUGACCAUGAGUUUAAAUAUUUCGUAAGGUCUAGAUUUCAAACAACCAAUGGAUCAGAUUCUACAUCUGAAGAUGGAAAGGAAAAGUCAACACAAGGAAAAGUUUUGAAAAAAUGGAAAAAGAAAUCUGAUACAAAAUAUUCUGAUUUUUUUGAAAAAAGUGAAAAGGACAAGGCUAAUGAUCAAAGUUACCAGGAUUAUGAUGUUGACUUUGAAGACUAUAAUUUCAAAAAUAAUAGAUGAUAAAAAUAAAAUUAGUUAAAAUAAAAACUAAGCUGUAUUUUUUGUAAAAUCAUUGAUAUGAUUGAAAAAAAGACAUAGAUUUCCAUUGAUAGUACAUUUUGUAGUGAAGGUUCUGAACUUAACUUAUAUAAUGAUAAAAAUCUUCCUUAUUGGUCAUAUCCAGUGGCAAAUAUUUCAAACUUAUUCAGGCUGCAAACACAUUAAUUAACAUAUUAGUUACUAGAAACAGGGUCUGAAAUUAAAAUAAUAAUGAUAAAGGAUAUAUUAUUAGCUGUCACUGGCAAACAAUACUUUUCUAAGGCAUAUUGGAAAAACUCAAAUAGUUU